CUCUUUGAAUGCGCGUAGGAGUUGGCGAUAAGCUUGGCGCAAUGUAUCGUCCCGUUAAGAGAGGUUGGGUGACUAAUGUUGAGACUGGAACUACUCAAGUGACUUCUUUCACCGGGACAUCCAAAUGCGGUGAUCUGGGAGUGAGGGGACUUCAUCGCAAAGUACUAUUAGAGGCAUUAGCCGAAGAACUCCCUCCAAAUACAGUUAGAUUUUCCUCCAAGCUUGCUUCGAUUAAGACCGAGACCUUAAAAGAUUCAUCAACCGUUGCUCUUUUGGAACUAGAGGACGGGACGUUAAUCAGAGCGAAGGCAGUGAUCGGGUGUGAUGGGGUUCACUCUGUUGUGGCUCAAUGGCUGGGUCUCAGUGGGCCCAUAGAUUCAGGCCGGGCUGCGGUCCGCGGGCUUUCUGUAUUUCCGCAGGGCCAUGGGUUUGAUCAUGAAGUUCGACAGUUUGUCAAGCAGGGGAAAAGGGCUGGAUUUCUUCCUCUUAAUGAUACGGACGUUUAUUGGUUCACUACCCAUUAUGCUGCUGAAGAAAAAGAAUUGGCAGUAGGAGAUCCGCUAUCAAUCCAAAGAGAAGUAACCAACAACCUCGCCAAAUCCUUCCCUCCAGAGUUCCUCAGAGUAGUCCACCAGGCAGACCUCUCCACCCUCUCAUGGGCCCCACUCAAGUACCGGGUCCCGUGGGCCCUCGUAACGGGCCAGGCCCAUAAAGGGCCCAUAACGGUCGCUGGCGACGCCUUCCACCCAAUGACACCGGACCUCGCUCAGGGAGGUGGCGCGGCCCUCGAGGAUGCUGUCGUGCUCGCCAGAAAUCUCGCCGCUGCUGGUCUCAGCAAUGCCGAGAGGGGAGUCGAGCAGUACGUGAAGGAGAGGAGAUGGCGGGCUGUCGGUUUGAUCAUUGGCGCGUAUUUGUCGGGCUGGGUCCAACAAGGUGGACGGGCCGGGCUUUCGGGCUGGGCCGUGAAUUGGUUCAGGGACCAUGUUUUCUAUAGGUUUGUUCAGCCCAAGAUUGUGGAUUCUGUGCAGUAUGAUUGCGGGGUGCUUCCUUCAGUUGCUUGAGAUUGUUGUCUACUUAUUCUCUUUGCUAUUAAAUUUUUAUGGUCCUAGAUGAGGUCAAGAAAUUUAUUAUGUUGGUUAUGUGAGUCAUUUGUUUGAAUAAGAGGGUGGAUGUAUAGUUAAUAUUGAGUCAUGGGU